GCACACAUUGGAUGUAGCAGGGAGGGAGGGAGAGAAGCAUUCAGAAAGAGAAGCAGACGGAGGAGAUCUUCAGCAGACUGAAGUGAGAGAAAGAAAAGAGCCCAGAGGAGUGUGUUCAGGAGAAAACGCAGCCUGUGUGUGUGUGUGCGCGCACGCUCCUGUCUGUGCUGUGGAGGAGCGGACUGCACUUUAAUCUGGAGAAAGGAUUCACAAUGACUGGGAGAGUUUGGGAGACCUAAAUAUUUUUCUUAAUUUUUUUUUUUUUUUUUCAUUUUACUCUUUGCUGGAAAUACUUUUUGGAAUACUCUGGAUAUGCAACCCUCUCUGGGAAUCCUGUUUCCAUUUAAACCUGCUCGUUGUCACUUUUGAAAACUCUAAAGUUUCCAUUGAAGCCACAAUGCCUACUGACGACUACAGCUACCUGCAGGAUGCCUUGCCUCCUCUUCCCGAAGUCCCGGACUCCGGCUCAGCCCUGAGCUCCGUUGACAUCCCUGCGCGGUGCCUCCGCAACCCGGCCUUCCGCCACGCCUCCUCGCGCUACUGCUCCGCCAUCAGCAUGGACUCCUCUCCAGACAGCGCCGAAAGGCCGAUCAGCUACAGCUCCACCUCCUCCUCUGCCUCCUCCCGGGACAGUCACUGCUCCCUGGGCAGUCGCUCCACUCUCGUCGCUGCCCCCCACUGUAACCCCGUCACCUCGGACCGCGACUCCGGGGCCAUCCGCCUGGAGCUGGUCCCUGCCAGGCAGCUGGCAUGCUGCGAAGAAGAUGACAAAAAUGACGGCGGGGGCAGACAGGGCAGCAAACAGACUCCAACUGAACACUCGGAGCCGGAGCUGAGUCCACAAGGAGGAGAGAGGACGGGCCCGGUCCAGGGGCCCAGGACGUACGUGGACCGGGUGGUGCAGGAGAUAUUGGACACGGAGAGAACCUACGUGCAGGACAUGCGCAGCAUUGUCGAGGACUACUUGGAGUGUAUCAGUAACCAGUCAAGACUGGCCUUAAGCCCUGAGGAUAAAAGUUCACUGUUUGGCAACAUCCAAGACAUCUACCAAUUUAACAGGAACCUUCUUCAUGAUCUUGAGAAGUGCAAUUCAGACCCAGUGGCCAUUGCAGAGUGCUUUGUAUCCAAGAGUGAAGAGUUUCACAUUUAUACGCAGUACUGCACCAACUACCCACGGUCCGUGGCUGUGCUCACAGAAUGCAUGAGGAACAAGGCGUUGGCCAAGUUUUUCCGCGAGCGCCAGGAAUCUCUCAGACACUCCUUGCCCCUGGGCUCCUACUUGCUGAAGCCAGUGCAGCGGAUCCUCAAGUACCACCUCCUGUUGCACGAGAUCGCCAACCACAUGGAGAAGGACACAGAGAGCCAUGAGGUUGUGCAGGAAGCUAUAGACACCAUGCAGAGCGUGGCCAGGCAUAUCAACGACAUGAAGAGGAAGCACGAGCACUCUGUCAGGCUGCAGGAAAUCCAGAGCCUCCUGACCAACUGGAAGGGCCCUGACCUGAUCGGCUACGGCGAGUUGGUCCUUGAAGGAACCUUUCGUCUGCAGCGAGCCAAAAAUGAAAGAACCCUCUUCUUGUUUGACAAGCUGCUGCUGAUCACCAAGAAACGAGAAGAAACCUACACAUACAAGGCUCACAUCCUGUGCUGCAAUCUGAUGCUGGUGGAAGUUAUACCAAAAGAACCACUGAGUUUCAGUGUGUUUCACUACAAGAAUCCCAAACUACAGCACACAGUCCAGGCCAAAUCACAGCAAGACAAGCGCAUGUGGAUCUUGCACCUCAAAAGACUCAUACUUGAAAACCAUCCUGCAAAAAUCCCUGCCAAGGCCAAACAAGCCAUUUUGGAGAUGGAUGCAAUACAUCAUCCCGGGUUUCACUUCAGCGCUGACGGUGAUAAGAAAGACUCACCUCAAACCAAGGACGGUCCCACUCCUCGUAGAGGACGCAGGAAAGAGCCCCUCUCCAAAUUACUGAAGAAUGCAAAGCAGAAUGCAGCUAACACUGACGGUGAAAAACGAACGAGUCUGGGUGCCACCCUGCUCUCUCCCGUGUCCCAGCUGGCUCUGGGCACGAUCGGUCGCAGCCGUAGCCUCAUCAACCAGUCGCAGGAGUCCCUGGAUCCCGGAGAUCACUACGACCACAGUGACAGGGAGGAGGGCGAGGAGGCGCACCAGCGGGAUGCUGAUGAUGAAGAUGACAGUGGGCUGGGAGGUGGAAAGAGGCUGCGAGUUCCAGGCAAAGGCAGCAGAAAGAGGCUGAACCCUCAAGCAUCUGUGGACAGCAUAGAACAAUGGAAAUCUUUCAACAUGAGUCCCUCAGACCUGCAGAAAGCCAGAGAGUCCCUGGUGAGAGAAGGAAGUCACCACCCGCCACUCCUCAGGACGCCUCACGUGACGGAGGAACCUCCGGACUCCCCGGUUCCCUCCGUAAUAGUCACAGAAAGUGACCAUUCAGUGCGGAACAUUUGGGCGGAUCAUCGGGCUCGCAGGGCCAUGUUCCCCACCCGCCAGAGGACAAUGCAGCCUGACGACGAGGACGAGGACAUUUACCAGAUGUUUGUCCCCACUGAGCCAAGUCCAGCGGAGCCUGAGGCGUCCACCGAGAGCUCAGAAGCUCCGUCGUCCCCCAGGACGGCUCGGCCCUGCAGCUGGCACGUGGAACAGGUGCCCACGGUGCAGGUGGACCCUCCACCUGACGGCAGCAGAGUCCUGCGGAGGGCCAGCAGCGCAGGAGAGAAGGCUACAGAGGCAGACGAGCAGGUCGGACACAGCAAUCUGGAAGUGAUCAACACUGAAUCAUCUAGUAACGACAUAUCUGGAUCCUCCUCAGCGGAGCAGCUGACCAUAGACGAUAUUGAAAAUGUUUAUGAUAACAUCAGCUACGAGGACCUGAGGAGUAUGGGGCUCAUCAGAAGAGACCCUGAUGAAAGUCAGUCUCGGAAAGAGACCCCUACAAACGCACAGGGACACCCCACAAGAGCACAAAGUGCUCCGGGGUUCACCGAGUCGUUUAUCGACCCGGACAGUUCAUCAGAGAGCAAUCGCUCCUCGUUACAGGAGGUGAAGCCGUACGAGCAGUGUGAGCUGAAGAUAGUGGAGGAGAAUAUUUAUGACACCAUCUGUUUCAAGGCGCCACCGUCGACGGAUCUGAAGGGGACUAAUGAAGGGAAACCCAAACCAGAGAGGGACAGUGUGUUGGCUUCAGAACCAGACCUGACUGGAAGUGUUGGGGGGUUUGUUUCAGAGGAGAGCCUCCUUCUCAGAGAGGAUGGAGGAGCUGUCCCCAGCUCCUCGGAGCCAGAUUAUUCCUCCUCCUCUGCUCCUGAGAGCUCGUCCCAGCGAUCACAGAAAGGGGGCGGGAUGACGGUGCGGGUCGAUGAGAUCUGGAACGACUUGGAAAACUACAUCAAGAACAAUGAAAAGAAAGCUGACCGACUUCCUGCUGCGUUUCCCGUGAGCGGCAGCGAGUCGCCCAAGAAGGUGUCGUCAGUCAAAAACAGCCCUGCAAAGAGUCUCCCCGCGGCGAUGCCUCAGACUGCCAGCCCUGCAACCAAGAGUCCCCCAGCGCAUCAGCCCAGACCCCCAUCCCUCACCUGCACCCCACCAUUAACCAUCCCAACUAUCAACCUUCUUGACCUCCAAAGUGAAGGCCCCACUGAAGAAGAAAACCACAUGGCCGGUCCUGCAGCGCGCCCUCUCCCCGUCACCCCAGAGCCGCCUGCCGGCACCGUCAAAAACAUCCGGAACAGACUCGCUCGCCUUAGCAGCGGCAGCUUUCGCCUGGAGGACGACGAUCUGGUGGAGCUGCCGCAGCGGAUGGCCCCUCCAAGAGAGGGCCCCCUCAAAGACCCCCACAGUUUUUUCCCAGGGGAGCUGGCAGGUCUGGACUCACCCCUGGCGUCCUCGUCUCUCCUGCUGGGGGAGUCUGUGGACUUCCCCUUGGAGCUAACGGACAAAAACAAGAGCCGAGUCUUCCUGAUGGCGAGGCAGUAUAGCCAGAAGAUCAAGAAAGCCAACCAGCUGCUGCGUAUGAGGAGCAUGGACCCCGGAGACUCGUGUAGUCGAGCCAGAACUGAGAAGAAGCAGAAAGACCUCGCCGCCAUCUUAGAGGAGAAGAAACAAGGCGGCGCCGCUAUAGGUGCGAGGAUAGCCGAGUACUCCCAGCUCUACGACCAGGUGAUGUUUAAGGACCCUCCCGGACAAUCCUCAGCCGCCCCACAUCACAGCCACCCGGGACUGCCGUCCUCUCCGUCCAUGCCCGAGACCUCCCUGGAGGAGGACUGGCUCCACUCCACCUACAGCAACGGGGAGCUAACCAGCUUCAUGACCCUGUCCAGCGAGGGGGUGGAUGCCCAGCGCAAGUUUACCUCCUCCCGUUCCAUCCCUUCUCUCCAAACCAUCCCUCCCUCUCCAACCGCUCCGGCGUCGCAGAGAUGGAGCUCGUGCGUGUCGCCGCCGCCGACGGAGAAGGAAGAGCACGUGUACAGUUCCAUUAACAGAAACCCGUCCUUUAACGCGCCAUCUUCCCCGUCGAGUCACUGUCAGCCCGCCAGCGCUGCGGGCGGCCAGCAGCACGAGAACCACCAGUCGGAGUUGAAAUGCACUGUGGAGGGAGUCCCAGACAGACUCCGCGGCCCCAGCCUGAGCCGUACCGGCCGUCAGAGCAGCCUGCCAGAGCGCUCCACGCUGGGACACUCGGACCUCACUCUACACGACGGACAGCAGGUGGUGGUCCUGAACCGGGCCUCCGCUCUGAGCAUACUCACCGCCACCCAGAACUACCUGGCCAACUUCAAGGACAACGGAGAGGACGACGACGACUAUGUGGAGAUCCGCUCAGAGGACGAGAGCGAGGCGGAGCGGGACAGGUUCUCCCACGGUAACACCAGCUCAGCAGCGCCUCCCAGUCAGAACCGAGGGCCCGUCCAGUCGCAAAGUCUUCCCUGCACCCCGAUCCACUCCUGCGCCCCGCUGAGGUCUCUGGACCGCGAACAGCUGGAGAAGUACCUGUGGAGCGAGCCGCAGCAGAACCAGCCAAACAUCGUCCAGUCUCUGAGGGAGAAGUUUCAGUGUCUGAGCUCCAGCAGCUUCGCCUGAAGAAACCAAAUACAUGUUCACAACGGGACACUGCACCGCAGCCUUGACUGUUGAAACUACAAAAAUAAAUAUUACGCAUUCUUCUAAGCAGUUCGAUUGCAGCCAUAUUUGUAGUGACAUUUGACUGAAGUUUAUGUUACAGGGCUUCAAAGUAAAAAACGAAAUGGUCAAAAUGCCGCAUGAAAACCCGCAUGUGAGCUUCCGUAGCACUUCUACACAUCCAGUGAGAGAAUGUGCAAGAUUUAGUCAAAGUUGGUAUUCAGUGUGACUGAACAGACUUUAGUAUUCACGGGAUGUUUCCACUCUUCUGUUGCUUUACAGCCUUGUAGAGAUAAUGGGAUUCAUGUGAGGUAAAUCUGUUGUACAGAGGAAGUGGUUCAGGAUAUCCGUCACUUAUUAAUCUCUUAAACCCUCCCCGCGCUUGGCAUCUCACACCAACACCUGACGCUAGAUCUUCAGCAGAAUUGGCUCUUUACGUCAGUAGCGCCUCUUUUCUUUUAGUUUUCUUCUUAAGGUUGUUUCCAUCACUAGUUAAUCUUAACCUUGAUAGGAGAAGCGGAGCACGGGCUUCGCUUGUGUUUUUAAAAAUGUGCUUAAACUGUCCAACAGUUGAGAACAAAGCAGCUUUAAAUGUACAAUCCUGCAGACUUCACCUGUGCUGCUCGGGCUAGCUGGUCAACUUUAGGAGCUUCUAACAGACAAGACGCAGCUAUUAAAAGAAUAUUAUGGCCUUUUCCCACAUCCGGUAGGUUAAGUAUAACUAGACUUAGGCUUGCAAGUCUAUCGGGGGUCACAUCCUGUUCCCGGCGUCACCACUAGGGUGUUGCUUUAAAAGUCAAGAGGAGACGCUGACAUUUUAGGUAAUCUUUAAGAAAUGAUAGUUCUUAUUUAUUUCAAAUCAGAAAUGUUUUACAUACAGUAGUCUGUGGGCAAAAUACUCAUCUCAAGGGAUGAUCUUUUUUUUGUGCUCAUUUCAUUUGUUGUUUUCAAGGGGACCACAAAGGAGACCAUUACAACUACAGUACUGUAUUUGGUGUACAUUUCUUUCUUUUCCUUUAUUCAUCAUUGAUGAUCGGUUGUUUAUGUCAGGGGACACUGUCACACUACUGAUAUUACAUCCUCACUGUCACAAAAAGUCACUGAAAUAGCUCACACUUCAGGGUUCACGUUAGUUUUUCUCUUCUGUUGAAGUAAACCCAAGAUUCAGCACACACUUGUUUGAAUAAUUUUUUUUUUUUUAUAAAUCACUUGAUCUGUCAUAUUUAUUUGAACACAUUCCCCUGUCACUAUUGCAGCGAGCCACAAACUGGUUGUAAAUUAAAGUAAAGUAUAUUUGUUCAAAGGUGGCUCCAUUAUAAUUUAAAGUCUCACACAAAAUCGGAGUAAAAUACUGUGAAUCUGAUCAGAAAAGGCUGUUUUUUCUGUCACGCACUGUCCGUCGCUUCAAUGAUUACUCUCAAACGUCCACGAGGAAAGCACCACGUUCUGGUUGUAUCAAGAAAACUGCAACCGACCCAAGUUAGAAAUAUGAAGUAUGUUUCAGGUUUUUUUUUUUAUCUUGUACAUUUUUGUUUCACAGGUGGGGAUGAUUUGUCAGUCUUCAUUGACUCUUUUUUUGCACUUUUCUUUCUUUUUUUUUGCAUUUCAUUUGUAAACACUUUGUAAAGAUGUACAUUUUAGGAGAGUUAUUCUUGUAUGCCAUAGAUAUGCUUUAAAAUGCUUUGACAUUUAA